AUGGGGUCGUAUCAACUGAUAUUCGCUUUCAUAUUUGCUAUAAAAUUUGCUAUUAACGUAGUUCCGUCAUCAGCUGCCAACAGGCCACCAUCGCCACCUGACGACUACGAUGAUUACCCAUCAGAUGGCGACCGUACACCACUAGCACCUCACGUAGUUCCGCCAUCAGCUCACGGCGUCCCAGCACGACCACCUUCAAUACACAGCAAUCAACCACUAGAACCUAACGAAAGCUUUCCUCCAACACCACAAGGCUCUCCACCUCAUGGCAAUAUACCACGAGUACCUCAUGGUCAUGGACCACCAUCACAUCAUGGAUCUGUAGUACCAUCACCUCGUAGAUCUAGACCACCAUCCCUGCAUGGAUCUGUACCACCAUCACCUCGUGGAUCUAGAACGCCAUCAUAUCAUGGAUCUGGACCACCAUCGCUUCAAGGAUCUGUACCACCCUCGCCUGGUAGAUCUGGACCACCCUAUGGCCAUGGACCACCAGUACCCUAUGGGCAUGGACCACCAUCAGCUCACGGAUCUGGACCACCAUCGCCUUAUGGCUCUGGAGCAAUAUCACCUUAUGGCGAAAGAGGAUUGUCACCUUAUGGCCAAGGUGAAUUAGCACCUGUGAGAGAACCAUCACCACCACGUACAGACAAAGAACGGGGUGAAUUUAGCUUUGGAUUUUGGAAUCCACACGAACGUCAUAUACGCCCAGAUGGGCACGUGUUCUGCGAGACGCCCGAAUGGAGAUUUUGUGGUCCGACUGGUACUCAUACUAUCGAUGUGAUGCUUCCAAGCCCAACUGGCGAAAGAAUUACUCGAAUUGAAUUCAUAAGCAAGCAAGGCGUUUAUUCUGAAGGAGAGGAGGUCCAAAUAGUAGGUCAUACUCGGAACGUUGAUCUAGUCCAAGCAAGGAUCUGGAGUAAACCUCACACUGAAAUUAAUUUUACCGUAAAGUUUUACACUCAUGACUAA